GUAGUAUUAUGGACGGCGACAUUGAAAAUGAACAAAACGGAGAUCCCAGAGAUUCGGCAGACAAGCAGCAAGACAUUCCCAAUCAUCCUUGGCCUUAUCUCAGAGAGAUGUUUGACAUAGUAGGCAUGAAAAAUGACUCCUGGCGAAUGUGCUGCAAAUUGUGCCAACCAAAACACCAUGAACUGCUGGCUUUCAAGAAUUCACCAUCGAAUUUGAAAAAGCACAUAGAGAGAAAGCAUGUCAAUCAUAUGGAGAGAUACAGAAACCUCACUUCAGUUGUUCAGAAAAGAAAGUCAACCCCGAAUGCAGACCCAUCACCCAAACAACCAAAGUUAUGGGAAGCCAAGAGAGUGUCACAGGUCAGUGUGGAUAAAGGAAUCAUUGACUUCGUCAUUCAAGGUCUACACACACUCAGUGUAGUUGAGCAGCAGGGAUUUAGAGAUCUUCUGCUUCUCCUCCAGCCCAAUCUAGCAGUGAUGUCUCGUGGCACACUUAAAAACAAAGUGGAGAAAGCAACACAAGAAAUGAAAAAUAAUCUGAAAUUGGCCUUGAAGAAAGUUGAGGUUAUUGCAACCACCACAGAUUGCUGGACCGCACACAGACGGGGGUUUAUAGGUGUCACUGUGCAUUGGAUAGAUAGUGCAACUCUGCAGAGGUGCUGUGCUGCCCUAGCAUGCAAACAGCUAAAAGGGUCACAUACCUUUUCUGCCCUUGCUAGUGCUCUCAACGAUAUACAUGUGGAGUACAACAUCCUCGAUAAAAUUGUUUGCACAACAACUGACAAUGGUUCAAAUUUUAUAAAGGCCUUUAGAGUCUUUGGUGAGCUGGAUGAAAAUAACAAUCCAGAUACUGCACUUCAGGGUGCAAGGGCAAGUACGGGAGAAGGAGAGAGUGAUGAAGAAGAAGAGGGGGGAGAUAUCACAGGUGUUGAGUUUGUUGAAGCCGAGAAAAUAUUGGAUGAAGAUAAUGGCUUGGAAUACCAGCUGCCAAAGCACCAACGUUGUGCAUGCCACCUUCUCAACUUGAUCUCCACUGCUGAUGCCUUGAAAGCAAAUGGAAAUCCAGUGUACAAGCGGCUGUCUCGUUCAGCAUUCUCCAAGUGUUCAAGUCUGUGGAGCAAAAGCUCAAGAUCUACCACAGCUGCUGAAAUCAUAGAGGAUAACUGCAAACUUCAGCUCCUGAGGCCCAAUGAGACACGGUGGAACUCCCUCUUCUUUGCCGUGGAGAGGAUUGUGAGAAUCCUAAAGGAACAAGGAGAAGGAGCAAUUACAGCUGUCUGCAGCGCGCUAAAGAUUCCUAUGUUCACUCCUGUUUAGCCUGCUUUUUUGGCAGAGUAUACCAAGACCAUGAGCCCAUUUGUAAAAGCGCUUGAUGUUCUCCAGGGAGAGGCCAAUGUGCAGAUGGGAUGGUUGGUACCUACAAUAACACUACUCCAGGCGAAGCUCCAGCACCUCUGCAUUUCCUCCAAGUCCUGUAGGCCUUUGAUUGAAGCACUUCUAGCAGGCCUUGAAAAACGUUUUGGACAGAUGCUCACAGAUCCAGAGCUAAUUGCCGCUGCCAUUCUCGUCCCCAAAUUCAAGACCUGCUGGACAAGUGAUGAAUGUGUCCUUAAACUGGGCCUUGACUACAUCAAAAGUCACCUGAAGGAACAAGUUGUGGUGAAUGAAGGAGGUGAUAUCUACCAUUCUUCGGAGGAGGAGGACUUUUUUUCAGCAAUCAAGCAGUCCAGUUCCCAAGAAAAUACCAAACAGCUGGAGACCUACCUGGGGUGCCCAGGUGAUACAACGGAUGUACUGAAGUCUUUCCCGGCAGUAUGCCGCCUGUCAUUGAGGCUUAACACGGCACUACCUGCCUCCGCUGCCUGCGAGAGACUGUUCAGCACUGCAGGGCUGAUUUUUACACCAAAAAGGGCACGUGUUGAUUCCAAGAACUUUGAAAAUCAGCUUCUUUUGAAGCUAAACAAAGGUUUUUGGUAGUAUUGGAUUCUCUCUCUGUAUCAUGCGAACACACAUUCACACUGAUAUUCAUGUGUAAAUACACACACACACACACACACACACACACACACACACACACACACACACACACACACACACACACACACACACACACACACACACACACACACAGUACAUUGAUGCUAAAAAGGUUCUGGUUGUUAUGUUAAUUAUGCCUUGGAAGUUAUUACACAGGUUUUGAAGGGUCUUAGGGUUUCACCCAACAUCAAGCACACACAGACUUUGAGGUAUACAUGUGAUCACUUGCGGUCUCUCUCUCCCUGUCCCUGAGAUUUGCCUUAAUCGCUGAGCUCCUGCUCUCCAUGGGAAAGCCUUUUUGCUCAAGACUUUUCACCAGUGUGACUUUAUGUGAUUUUAUAAAGAAAAGUGUAUCAUAUUUGUGUGUAAAUAUACUGUAUCUAAAAACAAGUUUUUUCACUCACUCGCUGUCCUACACACAAUAAUGUUAUGACACGUUAAGCAUUACAGAUGGUGUGUAUAUCUGUUCUGUACACAAUUAUGUUAUAACACGUUACACUAUACAGAAGGUCUGUAUACCCUAGUUGCUCCCAAGUUCUUUAAGGGAUUCAGGAAAAAUCCAUGCACAUCUACAGAUUUGAA